AUAUUCAAAUGAACUCAGCUCGGGGUUGAGGGUCAACGCUUUACCCUUCUCUCCAUUUUUACCUUUUCUUUCAAAGUACAAAGCUACAAAAUCAGCACAGUGAAAUUCCCAAACAGAAUCCAUAAACUAUAAGCAUUUUAAAGGUGGGUUUUUGUUUUUAUAUAUAUAUAUAUAUCUGUGUGGCCAUCUCUUAUCGCUUCUUAGCGGUUACUCUCACCCAUUUCGAAGAACCAAGCUUCCCCCCCCCCUUCCCAAUCCCUUUUUAUUUCAAGAAUUCAUUCCAUUUGACAUUGCAUUGUUUUUGAUUCAAUGUCUAGAUUGCAUUCACCACCAUUGGGAUUCUCUUAAUUUCUGUCCUGAACAAAAGACUGGUUCAGCCUCGGGAUAGCCGUCAAAGUGCCGAAAACAGCGAUGAACUCCGAGGAGAAAACUCUUGUCGAAAUCAUAGACGACAAUAACCAGAUCGACCUUGCCAAGUACAUAAACUAUGUAAGUGCCCCUCAAGCUGGCGCCAUAGCUACGUUUUCUGGCACAACACGCGACACUUUUGAAGGCAAAACAGUAGUGGAGCUAAGAUACGAAGCAUACGUAUCGAUGGCAAUCAAGAACCUCAAGUCUAUUUGUUCCGCUGCUAGAUCAUCCUGGGAUCUCCAUUCUAUUGCGGUUGCACACCGUUUAGGCAUAGUUCCAGUAGGAGAAACAAGUGUGUUUGUUGUCGUAUCGGCUACUCACCGUGCUGAUGCCCUAGACGCGUGUAAGUUUUUGAUUGACGAGUUAAAGGCAUCUGUUCCAAUAUGGAAGAAAGAGGUUUAUUCUGAUGGAGAGGUUUGGAAGGAGAAUCCGGAAUUUCUCGAGCGGAGGUUGGAACUCGGCAAGGAUGGUGGCUGUUGCCGAAGGAAGAUCGAGACCGCGGCACAUGAUAAAAAGAGUUGUUGCAAACCAAAGGUGAAGGUGGAAGAAGCAAUAGAUUGAACUCGGAGUUUAAUUCGGUUCGUGUUGUCAUUAAGGCAUGAUCCUCAUUGUAUCGAUAUCGGUUGUACCGCUCAGGAAAAAACCGAAUUAGUAUCGAAGUUGACCCAGUUCGGUUUUUUUCGUCCAUCUUAAUAUGUAUGGAAUUGUAUCUAAUUGCUGUCUUUUUAUAAUAUUUUCUCUUUUCUAUGGGUUCAUAA